AUGAGUAGUGCUAUUCGCAGUGAGAGAGUUCUGAGGAGUAGAAAGCGCACAGUUGAGAUGAGCGACGUCGGCGGGUUGAGUAUGGCAGUGCCAGUACCUACAACGCCCGAAAAGGCCAAGAGAUCAGUACUUGAUGGUGGUCUGCUGACACCUCCCGGAACAGGUCGGAAGUUAGAGUUUGGCAGCUGCAAGAAGAGAGCCAAGACACGAGAGUUUUUGCUGACGCCAUCUUCGUCACCGCAGAAACUGGUAUUUGGUAAAGAGUCAAUCUAUAGCAAAACCAAGACACUUUUACAGAGAUCCUCCCGUGUGAUUGCGCAACCGGAUGGCUCGUUGACAACUAGAAGAAAGCAAUAUGAUGAAAUAAUGGAGUUUUUGAAUGAACACAUCGGCGGUCACGUGAGCAGCUCGCUAUAUCUAACCGGUCCACCAGGAACUGGUAAGACAGCUCAGGUUGAAUCAAUAAUCCGCAACAAAUUUUUACCAGUUGUGUUACCAUCAUUGACUGCUUCCUCUAUCAAGAAACCUGCUGAGGCAUUGGCCGAUGGACUCAAGAAUACUUCGUACUAUGAAACAGUAGAUUGCAGUGUAGAAUCUGUUUCAAUUGCAUCAAUUAAUUGUAUUGCAAUCAAUGAUCCAACAACAAUCUUUACUAAAAUUUAUGACUCAUUGGCUGUAAAAACUGGCUCAGGAAGACCCGUGAAGACAAUGACAGAUUUGCAGGAAUUCAUGGAGAGUUACAGCAAGACGACCACUUUUGUUGUUAUAUUAGAUGAGAUGGAUAAACUAGUCAAUUCUUCCUACAAUGAUACUCAGUCAACUAGAGUGAUCUUCGAACUGUUUCUGUUAGCUAAGUUACCAACUAUCAGAUUAGCUUUAAUUGGUAUUGCAAAUAGUUUGGAUAUGAAGGACAGAUUCCUCUCUCGCCUAAAUUUGAGACAGGACCUUCUACCGAAGACGAUAGUCUUCAAUCCUUAUACCUCAGAAGAAAUGUUUGAAAUCAUUAUGAAUCGUUUACAGGGCUCAGAUGAUCAAGCCGAUUGUAUAUUCAAACCAAUGGCAAUCAAAUUUGCAGCAAAAAAGUGUUCCGGUAAUACAGGUGAUUUACGGAAACUUUUCGAUGUUUUGAGAAGUAGCAUAGAGAUAGUUGAACUACAAAUGGUUGCCUCUAAGAUCAAUCCUUCAAAAUACUUACCUUGUGAGGACUCAGACCAAAAUUUGGUCCAGGUUGGCUUACCACAUGUAGCAAAAGUUUUUGCACAAUUCAUGAAUAACUCUUCAACUAGAUCGCGUAUCAGUAAGUUGAACAUGCAGCAGAAAAUGGUGCUAUGUGCCAUAGUUCAUAGAGAAAAACUGGAUAUUUUCCAAUCUCACUGUUCACUUGACGACACUUAUGAUUACUACGUCAACUUAAUGAAGAAAAGAGAUUCUUUGAGCCCUUUGAAGAGAAAUGAAUUCUUAGAAAUUUGUAACGCAUUGGAGACUUGUGGGGUUGCUACUAUCUUUCAGGGCAAAUCUCAGGGAAAGACUAGACAUUUAACCAAACUCAUCAAAUCAUCGGUAGACACGAAGGAAUUUGAAGAUGAGAUCAGCAAGAUUGAGUUAUUGAAAAACCUUAUCUUAAAUUAG